AUGGGACAUGUGGAUGCUCUUAGUCGAAAUCCUGUAUGUAUGGUAAUUCAAGAUGGUAUAACAUUUAAAAUAAUUCAAGCUCAAGGAACUGACGAAAAUAUAAAAGUUAUAAAAGAAGUUUUGCAGUCUAAGCCAUAUGAAGAUUAUUGUUUGCCGAAUGACGUGCUUUACAAAAUGGUGAAUGGAAUUGAAGCACUAGUAGUACCUGAGAUUAUGCAAAUUGUAGCAAUCUUAGCUGACAGAGGUACUUCAUUUACUUCUCAAGAAUUUUCUGAUUAUUGUACUAAGGAAAAUAUUCAUCUAUCCUUAAACACAACAGGAUUACCAAGAGCCAAUGGACAAGUAGAGCGGUUGAAUUCCAUUAUCAUAUCAGUCAUUUCUAAGUUGGCUAUAGAUGACCCUACGAAAUGGUACAAACACGUAAAUGAUGUCCAGCAAAUAAUUAAUUCGACUUUUCAGAGGAGUAUCAAUUCGACACCUUUCGAGCUUUUGUUUGGUACGAAGAUAAAGACGAAUAAAGACAGGAAGAUUAAAGAACUAAUAGAAGCUGAAAUUCAGAGGGACUUUAUCGAGUCUAGAGAAAAUCUACGUAAAGAGGCGAAAGAGCAGAUUCGGAAGAUCCAGGAAGAGAAUCGAAAGACUUACAAUCGAAGUCGAAAACUCCCUCGUAAAUAUAUGGUAUGA